GCAAGGAUUAUGGGGCUUAAAGAUAGAAUCAAAAUUCAUUCAACAAGGAGGAAAAUGCAGACUAUGAAGAAAGUUCAUCAUUUUCUCCUGAUCUGUCUGUCACUGAUAAGCUUUCCAUUUUCUGCUACAUCCAUCUCCCAAGAAGAUCCAGUGGUAAGUUACUGUGGAAAAACAAGAAUCCAAGCACCCUUUCUUAAGCCUCAUCCUCUCAACUCAACACACUCAUCUUCCUUGAACAACCUACUCCUCUGCAAAUCCAACACUCUUUACAUGAGAACAACAAUCGGGCUUUUCCAGGUUUCUGCCAUUGAUUACAAAUCCAAGCUCUUAACUCUUCCCCACUCUUCAUGCUCCACUUCUUCCCAGUUUCUAUCUCCCCACCACUUAUCCGCCGGAUUCCCUUCACCCCUUGAACCAAACUCCCUGCUUCUCUUCAACUGUUCAAACCAGACAACAUCCACUGAAUCACCACUGUUACAUAGUUGCAGAAACCUUAAACCCUUCAAAGAUUCUCAUUCAGUGUUCUGCGCAGAGAAUCCUUAUUCUUCUUCAUGCUUGGUGGUUGAUGAUGUGGGGGAGAUGGGGAAGGAUUUUCACCCUAAACAACUGGGCUGCACACACUACAGAAGAGUGUACAGAACAAGAUUAGCAGAAAAUGAGGAAGUUGUUGGGUUAGGAACAAGGAUUUCCUUUGAUGUUCAUGUGCCCAAUCCGUGUGAUGAGUGCAGGAAGCCUUAUGGGAAUUGUGGAGUUGGUCUCAAAUGCAUUUGCCAUAUAAGUGAAUGCAAGGACAAAGUAAUCAAUGGAGGUUCAACCCCAACUCCCAGUGGGAGCAUCAUCAUCAUCUUCUUCAGUUUGGGUUUGGUUGUUGCAUUCAUGAAUCUUUUCUAGGAUUAGAGAAUAAUUGUUGUAUUCACAUUGUCAUUUUGUGGAAAAUUACAAUGUUGAGUGGACAAAAGAAUGAGAAUUUGCAUUCAGAUAUUGACAAUGAGAAAACACCAAGCAAGGAUAUUUUGUGGUCGUUUGUAAAACCAUCUUGCAUUUUAGGCAUUUUUCGUUUGAUGUA